CGACGUUUUUGCGAACGUUUGGCAAACUUCCUUUUGGAAACUUUCUCAAUUAGCGUUUGUUAAACUCUUGUUCAUGUGUUAUUUAGUUUGUGUUGCCACAUCGUAACUUAACACGACGUUCCCAUGCAUGUGAAAACAUGGCAGUUUGGGGGGGUUGCUUUCAGCUCUUGGUUUUGCUAAUUUCGACAAGAAGUCAACGGCUGCUGUCGGACUUCAAAACAUGCGGAGAUGCCGAAUGUGAAAGUUUAAUAAGCGGUGUGCAAGCCAUAAGAGACCACAAAGGGCCUGACUGUAGAUUCCUAAACUUUAAAUCUGGUGCUGUGAUAUUUGUAUAUUAUAAACUGUCAGGACAAAGAGAUGACCUGUGGGCUGGCAGUAUUGACAAACAGUUUGACUAUUUCCCAAGAAAUGCAGUGGAAACUGAAGAGGUUUAUGUAUCAGAUGAAGUUCAGAUUCCUGCAAAGAUAAAUACAUCUCAGGAUGUACCACAAACACUUGCCUUCAGGCAGAUAAAACUGCAGAAGAGAUGAAUAGUGAUCAAGGAGCUAAAACAACUGAAGGGACUAAAGAAGACAGUACAUUCAGUUCUGUAAUGGUAAGAAGCAACAAGGGAGAUGAAAAGUCUAUUAGUACAAGUGGACUUCACAAAGGUAUUAAAGAUACUACAAUAACCUUGCAAACAGAAACCGAAUGGCCUUCAGAGAGUGUUCGAGAAGGAAAAGAUAAGACUUUAAGCAGGAACACAACAUCCCAAAUUAUUUUACAGUUAAAGGAGGACGCGUCUUCACAAAACGACAAAACAGAAGGUGUGUCUGUUGUGAGGAAAGCACUGCAUGCCAUGUAUGAAGCAUCUAGCCUUCUUAGACCUCUCUGGCCAUGUGUUCAACAUUUUGCCAAAACGGCUGUGUCAUUGCUUCCAGAGGACAUGAGACCUGGCCCAGACCUGCAUGGAUUACCAUGGGAAGUGGUGAUAGUAACAGCAUUUGUGGGAAUAUUGUCUGCACUUCUCUUUCUUUGUAGAGUCUGUCAAUCAAUUAAAAGCAGCUUAUACGUUGGAAGGGAGAAAAAACUUGCCACCAAAGUGGCUGAAUUACUUGAAGAAAAAUGCCAAGUUCUUGAAACACUUAGUGAAUGCAAACAGCAAUAUGAAAAACUUGAUGCAACCCUGAAAAAUGGCGGCCAUUCAGAACAAGCUUCAGAAAGAGAAAAUCUUCAGGUUAUGUCUAUGAAAUUGGAACACUCAAACUCUGACUUAAAAGAGGAAAUUGAGCAACUAAAGCAGGAUCUGGAUUCUCAGAGAACUGCAAGAUCACAACAAGAUGAACUGCUUGCAGAAAUACAGAGAUCCUUGAAAAGUUUAGAAGAAGAGGCAAUAGGCCUGAAGUCACAAAUGGAGCAGGCCCAAACUACAUUAAAAAUCUACCAAAUCAACAACGAACGACUGCAAACAAAUCUACAAGCUGCAAAGGAAGAGAAUUGCCAGCUUCAAGAAAGCAAAGCACAGCUUGUGCAAGAAGCUGAAGGAUGGGAUGAACGACUAAAUGAACUCACUGAACAGAUUAAGAUGUGUGAGGAGUCUCAGAAAGACAUGCAGGAGGAUUGCUCAAAUAAGGAUGAGCAGAUUAAGAAUCUUACAGACUGCCUGCUCAAGAUGAAAGAUUGGGAUUCUGAGCUGGAAGAUGACCAAACGACUCAAACCGAAAAUGGAGAAUACUUAGAUCAUCAGAAAGAACAAAUACAGAAUCUUAUUUAUGCAGUGAAGCUGCAUGCUGGGUUGAAAUCCAUUGAAGAAGAUAAAAACAGGAUUUUCACCAAACUAGCUGAUGAAGAGAAAGCAAAGAAGGAUCUCAAAGAGCAUAUUGAAAAGCUUAAGAAUGAUAAAGACGCGUUGCAGUCUGAAUGUACGAAGUACACAGGCAAGGCUCAGAAACUGCAGCAAAAACUCAAGAUUAUGACAGAGAUGUAUCAGGAAAAUGAACUGAAAUUACACAGAAAGCUUACUGUGGAAGAAAAAGAACGCACGCAGAAAGAGGAGAAGCUCACCAAAGCAGAUGAGAAAAUUACCCUUGCAGCAGAAGAGCUUAGCACUUACAGACAAAGAGCUAAAGACCUUGAGGAAGAACGAGAGAGGACUAACCAAGCCUACAAAAACCAGAUUGCCUCUCAUGAGAAGAAGGCAAAUGAUAACUGGCUGGCGGCACGGGCAGCUGAUAGAGAUCUUAAUGAAAUAAAGAGAGAGAACUCGCACCUCAGACAGCGGCUAACUGAUUCACAGUUUAAGCUGGAGAUGAUAGAGAAGGACCCAUAUGCUCUUGAUGUUCCAGGAAGACCACUGUUCAGAGGUGAAAGAUCCCCUUUUGGACCUUCACCUUUGGGAAGACCUGCAUCUGAAACAAGGGCCUUCCUUUCUCCACCAACGCUGAUGGAUGGUCCGCCCAGGGUCUCCCCACCGUUUCCUGGAGAGCCCGGCGGUAGAGCAUCAAGAGGUCUGCCAAAUCAUGCAGCUCAUCCAGUUCUUAGUGAAAGUUUGGACCCAAACUGUGACAGGAAUUUGGAUAACUACAGCACUCAUUCUGACAGUGGAUCAUUGUCUCCUACAUGGGAAAGAGAACGGAGGGUUCAUGUACCCCCACCAGGAUACCCCUACCCAGACCCUGUCUUUCCUUACCGAAGACCUCCCCCAGAGAGGGGAUACCCCAUGCCUCUGCCGUCAGGAAGAUUAUCAGGACCAGCUGAAAUACGUGGUUACAGCUUUCUUUCAGCAGAUGGAUCGUAUCUUCUAAACAGUUUAGACAAUUCAGGGGCAGCUGGAAAUGAAAACAAGGACAGUCUCUUGUCUAUGUCUGGAGAUCUGCCUCUUCCCUCUGAUGCGGAGUUAAGGGUGGACCCUGGUUUCGGGCCUCCAGUGAUGCGAGGACCUCUUCUGCCAAUGGAUCCGAGAGGUCACUUUUCUCAUAGGGGCCCAUAUGGGCCUCCAGAGUUUUUGCCCCCGAGAGGGCCUUGUGGUUCCCUACUAUUGCGUGGCCCCCCUCCACCAGGAAUGUUCCCUAGGUUCCCUCCUCCUCAACUGCAUCCUGGAUACCCCCCUGCAACGUACCCAACAGAAAGUGCAAGUGAACCUCCACCCAGACCGUCUCCUCCCACACAGCCCGGAGGACAUGCAGCCCCACCACCACCUCGGGAUAUUAUUUGAACUAGCUUCCAGACACUGUUCACGUAUUACAUUAAACUGUGGAUGUAGUCCAGUCGGGUGCUAGAUGUGCCACUAUCUCUUUUAUUGUGGUAAUGUCAUAGUACUGGUUUUAAUGUGGUAGUGAGCCUAUAUAGACAUACAAGAGUGAGUUGAUGUGCACCAAGAAAUAACCAUGUUGGUCCGGUGUGAUUUGGUGUUCAAGAAAAUUUUAGUCACAUAAUAAAUUCUUUGCUCAUUACUCAAAACUGACUUGGGACCUUCUAUACUGUAGCCCAGGAAUAUUUCAUACAGACUUUCCUUGCUGUAAGAAACAGAACCACAUGUAUGGCUUCCUGUAAACAUUGCAUACAAUUAAACUAAAGUAGCAUGUAGAAGGUUUAUCCACACAGCCUUGGCUUAUCUAGCCGACAAGUUCUGAAUAUUGGUGCUGGCACAGAAAAGAAAUGUGAAACAAAAUGAUGCAACAACAGUCAGAUAUUUUCAUAUUUUUUUUAUUUGAAUUUUGUAUUUGGUACUUAAUUUUCAGUUUGAUUUGAACAUUUGUAUAUAUUUUUUUUUUUUCUGGUCACUGUUCCCCAUGACUUGCUCUGCAACUGUACCAAAAUCAGCUAGCCGACUAGACAACCCACAAAAUGAGCAAAUAUACCCCAGAGCAUCUUGCCAGCUUUGCACAUGAAAUGUUUCAACUAAUUUUUAAAUCAUUUCAGAUUUUUCUGAAUUGUUUGGACUCAGGAUUUUUAAAUGUAUAAACUGUUACUGAGGUGUUCUCAUUUUUUACAUCUAUUUAAUCAAGUCUUUAAACCAUCCAUGUUACACACUGCAUUGUAAUUAUGUGUACAGUUGAGACUGGGAGGAUACUUUUUUUAAAUUACAUAAUUGUGUAUUGUGAAAAUAAAGAUGUAUUACA